CGCGUAACAAAAUCACAGAGAAGCAGCCAUAGUACAUUGAAGAAGGUGGUUGUGUCAAAUUUUCUGCAAAAAACAUGGACGCAGAAGGUCUUCAUAUGAAUAUAGACUAUGUAGGAAGCAGUGGCAUUAUUCUAAGUACAGAGCAGAAGGCAGCUCUACAAUCUUCGUUGGUUAUUUUGAAAAGUAAUUACAAGUUUCGUGUAGUGAAAUUUUGGGGAAAGAUCUUUGGAGUAAAAAGUGACUACUUCAUUGUACAGGGAGUCGGUAAAGAUGAACUGAAGGAAAGAAAAACGCUCUACAGGUAUCCAAAAUAACUUAUCGUGGGUAAAAAUUAUUUUAGUUUUGAAGUCGACUUGUCUUAAAAAGUGCAUAGUUGUGAACUGAUCUUCAAAAUUGAGAUUAAUUGCAUACUCAAUGUAUGUCCUUACUGUCCCUGUGCCCGCUAGCAUACAGGGAAACAGAAGAAGUAUAUUCCGUUCGCUUAAUUCUAACAGCUGAAAAUUUUUUUUCGGCCACUGUAAACAAUAUUUAGCAUUCUCACACGUUUAAUUGUUAUUUAGUCAACCUCUUUUAAGUUAAAAACUUCACAAUUUACUAAUGGACACCAAAAUAGCCAGGCUAUUGAGGAUGCACACUUGCGAUUCAUCCUGGAUUAACGAUAAAUAACUGUGUUACUUAUGGUGUUUUCCACAGUCUGGACUGUGUACACUGGGGCUUACUGCCAGUGGUGACAGAAAGCAUGAGACAUAACUGCUCAUUUGUAAAAGGACGCUUCACAGGAGAUCCAUCAUAUGAAUAUGAACACACAGAGACAAAGAAAGCUGAAGGUGCAGAUGGUGAAAAAUUGGAUGGAGCAGAGGAGGAAAACAUUGUAAGUUAAGUUUUUAUGAUGAACAGAAAAUUUAAUAGAGUACAAACCUUCAAAUUUUGUUGAUGUUGGAGUGUCACUUUUUUCCCUAGGGCUUGAAACACAGUUAAGUGCUAGUUUAAGAAAAUGUUCCACAUUACAGUUAAUAAGUAGUGGGAAGGGCCAAGAAUGAAUUCAGAGGAGCCAAGAAGGCUUAUUCUCAUGCAUGAAAAGGAAUAAUAAUCAUGCCUACCUUUAUGAAAGGGGUUAAUGGAACCAGAAUGUGCUGUGGUUGUACAGUCAGGCUUCUUAGCUUGUGUGCAAAAUGUUACUUUGUGUUGAGGAUAUUUUUAAAUAUGUUAUUCCAUCAAUUUUUUAGAUUAUGAUUAAAGAAGAGGACAGGCUGGCAACAACUAUUGAAGCUAUUGAUUAUGAUGUCAGAAUAGUACCCAGGGGAGCUUACUAUCGAACAGCUCUUGGCACAGUUGAACCAAACAGAAGCUUUGAAGGUGAGAAGAAGGAGUAAACCACUUGGAUACAAUUAAAUGCUACUUUACUGUUUAAGCUCAGAUGCCUCAUAAUACCUCCUGCAACAAUGGUUUUGUGCAUGAAAGCCUUUAGACAAUUCUUUGUGUCAUUGUGGUAUAAUUGCUGUUACUGUCUUUGCAAGUAUAUAAGGUUCUCAGUUAGAUGAGCAAAUGGUGUUCUAGGUAGUCUUUAUUGCUUUCCUAGUGAAGGACCUUCACACAUCAUUUUCUUUGCUUAAGUGUUAAUACAUAUUAAUGAGAAUUUUUGGGGGACGCAAGUCAAUUAACUCUUGAAAAGAAGUUUUAUAAAUUGGAGACUGUGUAUGUUUGGCAAGUCUGGAUACAUGAAACUCUUCUUUUACCUUGGAUUUAAAUCAAAGAUGCCUCAGGGUCAUAAGGCCUUCCUUUAGUAUUGGAUUGCUUGUUAGUUUUAAAGAUGGCACCUUUUUCUUGACAGUCAGAGCUUGGUUGAGGUACUCAAUAUCAUCAUUUGAUAAAUGGUACUUUUAUUUUAAAAAAGGUGGAGACCCAUUCUUUUUUCUCUUCUUUUGAAAGUAAGGAUAACUGAUUAAAUAUCCUAAUUUUCCUAAAUAUGAAUUGACCCAGGUUUGUCAGUGGCAGAUUCAGGCAAGCUCUCCAGUUACUUCCAUUUCCGAGAGCCAUUUCUACUCACCCAGAAGACUCUUCUUCAAAAGGUUUGAAUCAAUAUUUAUAACAAUGACAUUAACACCUGAAUGACAAAUAACUUUUUUUGUGGGUGCUUUUUAAUGUAGCAAAGUAAAAUUUGUGAAAGCAUUGAUUAAUUGUAAUUAAUUUGCACAUGAUCACUUACAGUGAAGCUUGUUCAUACAUUCUUACAUGGAAAGGAAUCAGAGGUCAAUUCAAAUAUUGAUAUCAUUAGUUUUUUCAAUAAUCCACCUGUCUGUUUAAGUGAGGUUGAUUUUUUUCUUGUAGGCUGAAUUGGAUAAAGCUAUUGACUUCCUUGAUCCAAUUGAUACUGAUGUACCAAAGGGAGGUAAGUCUUAACUCUGGAGUAACCCAGGCUUGUAAUUUUUAGGACCUUCUAAUGGCUGCUUGUUCCCUUUUAUAUUAGCUGAUUGACUAGUAUCAAAAUCAAUCAAGUAUUAUCUAUUUUUGUUGACUUUUGAAAUUAUUGACAUGUUACACAUGGUCUGGUAUGGUUUUUUAGGGAAAAAAAGACCUGGAAACUUGGAUAUACACAACUUUCUCUGAACUGCUUACUCUGAAAAUGACCAGAAUUAUUUGCCUUUUCUAUUUAAUACUUAUAGUAGUGUUGGUUUGUGUCCUCUCCAGGCUCGUGGAGUAUCCAGUUUGAGCGUGGGAGUGGCUUGGUUACCCUGCGCAGCCUACAUUGGUUAGGCUUUGCUUUCUAUCAUGUACCAGGCACACGGAAGUAUGGAUCAGUGUAUGUUGGUGUUGGCACCAAAAAUUUGGAUCUUCCUUUUAUGCUGUGAAGUGACAACUUCAUGCACAAGUUUUAUGUAUUAUAGUGUAUUUAAUAAUAUUCACACACAAAUAGUAAGAACAACUUGAGUGCAGUUGUAAUAUUAUUGUAUUCAUCAACACUCUGUGCUUUUUGAAACCAAUAAAUAUUUUUUGCAAUCAUUGAGGCAAAGAAAGAAGAAAGCAUCUUUUAAUGUAGUGUUAUCAUUUUUAUUUGAGUCAUCUAAAAGCUUUUCAGGUAUUUCAGUCAUGCAGAACCC